UGAACCAUCACAUAUUAUAAAUAUCUUUAAAUUUCUGCAUUAUGAAUUAUUGUAAUUAUUAGUUCUUAAUUUGGCUGUUUUGUUUUUCGUAAUGUUAUGAACUGUUUUGCGUCACGCCGCGGUUGCUCCUCCUGAGCGCUGGAGGGCGCUGCGUCUGAUGCGGCUCGUCUCGAAUCGUCCCGUUCUCUGCAGCUGCGCUGUCCAGCACCCAGAGCGUUCAGCACCGCGAGCGGAGGACAGCUCCCGAGCUCCGAGAAAACCGCCGCAGACGCGCUUCAGCCAGCCGGGUCUACAUCCACACGACCAACCGAGUGCCGUGGCCAUGUACGAUGGGGCGAGGGUUCCCUCCCCUGAGGACGCCGCUAAUGGGGUCCCGCUGCAGCCCGAGACCCCCACAGCCACACAUCCCAAAGCUGACGAGGAGCCGGAGGAGGAAGAGGGAGUCCCUGCCGAGCCUGUCCUGGUGAAGAAGGCUCACCGUGAGAUUCUGGACCAUGAGAGGAAGCGGAGGGUGGAGCUGAAAUGCAUGGAGCUUCAGGAGAUGAUGGAGGAAGAGGGAUAUUCCAAAGAAGAAAUCCAGCAGAAGGUCGGAACGUUUCGGCAGAUGCUGAUGGAGAAGGAGGGUGUGAUAACUCGAGAACGUCCACCGGUUAAGCUGCUUCCUGACGGGAAUGAAGAUCAUGUGGAAAAUGCUGUGUAUGUCGAGGGCUAUGAGGAAGACUAUGAUUGUGAUGGAGAAUAUUACGAGCAAGAUUCAGCUGCCUACGACGACUGCAGAUCCAAGAGGAAAUCCAGCAGUUCACCUUCUCCUCGGCCUAAAAAGAGGAAAAAGAAGAAGGCAAGAAGACACAGUCGAGCUGACAGCCCAUCUCCAACCCGCAGAGACAAGAGGAAGAAAAGCGGAAAGAAACACAAGAGAGACAGGUCCACAUCUGGCUCAAGGAGGAAGAGGAGACACAGAUCUGGGAGCCCCAAAAACAAACACAAAGACAAGAACAAACAGAAGAAGAGGUGUUCGGUGGAGUCUCCCAGCAGGAGUUCUCAGCACAGAGGCAGCUGUUGUAGUUCCCGCAGCGGAUCCGUCUCCUCCACCGCCAGCGUCUCUAAAUCACCCAGCAGAUCAAGUACAAAGUGCAGAAACGACAGGCACAAACAGGAAGGAAGUCACUCCAGCCACAGCCCACCGCCGUCCCCCAGCGCUGACCAACCAAUCACGUGGCAGAAUGGGAACCACAGCGUCCGUGUACGCAAUGGCAAAGAUUCAGGAGCCAAUCACAUGGAGGGGAAUAAAGGAAACGAUGAGCUUCGAUCUCUGGCUCCGUCUCCCUCGAGCGCGCAGGCGCAUGCGUCGCCUCAUCUAAGAGGUGCUAAACACCACCCCGACCGUCCCAAGAGCCCCGGAGGACCAGCGGUGCAGGCUGGAGAGGACAGCUGCGCAGACGACAGGCCGGCGAUGGGCAAACCUCUCUCAGAGUCGUCGGGAAGACGCAGCGGGAGGCCAAGGGUUCGAGAGAAGACGUCACACUCGCCGGCGCACAGCAGCGACACUGAGCCACACACUAAGACCAAGAAUCAGAAGAAAACGAAAGGAUCUCAUUCGUCUAAGCGGCACCAUCGUGGGCGCACUCAGAAACGUCACCGGAGCUCCUCUGUGUCACCGGCUCGCCACAAACACACGUCCAAGAAGAAGAAGAGCAAGAGUCACGGGACGGCCCGGCAGAGGAGCAGCUCCUGGAGCAGCGGGAGGUCAUCAUCUCCUGCUCCCUCUAGAGAACACGGAUCCAGCAAGAACAAGUCACCACACGUCCGACAGAACAACUCCAGAGAGAGAAACAGUCCUCAUCACUCGGACGAAGAACGAUCUCGCCGCCGCUCACGCAGCUAUUCUCCCAUCCGCAAGAGACGGAGAGACUCGCCCAGCUUCAUGGAAGCUCGCAGGAUCACCAGCGCACGAAAGCGUCCCAUCCCGUACUACCGGCCGAGCCCGUCCUCUUCCAGCUCGGCCAGCAGCUUCAGCAGCUCCAGUCGCAGCCGCAGCCGCAGCAUCUACAGCUACAGCAGUCACAGCAGCUCCAGCCGCAGCCGCAGUCGCAGUCGCAGCCCCGCGCACAGUUACUACAGACAAAGCAGCUACGACAGCCCCGGAUUCUGAGAGCCAGUGAGAGACCAAACAACAUCGUGCUGGAGAAAACACUGUAUAACAUGCAGAAGGAGAGCAGCGGGUAUCAGGGUUUCCCACCGGUUACAGACACGUUAGCAUGCGAAAAAUGAGCAGAAAUGAUAUUAUGAUGUGUUAAAGGUGAAGUGUGUAAUGCAUUGCAAAAAUGAUUUUCUUACAUAGCAUUUUUGUCUUGUUUUACAGUACAAGUGUAUAUCCAGUGCAAACAUUCUUAGCGCAAAAUACUAUAACUUGAGACGAAAAAAAUCUAAUUUAAGGUGCAAAAGCAUGAUUAUUUUUCUGGCCUCACAUUUUUAAGAAAACAAGACUUAUAUCUUACGUCAUUUUGCUUUUUAAAUAAACUUAGAUUCACUACAAUUUGAUCCAUUUAAUAUAAGAAUAUUUAUAUUGCAAAAUAAGACAAAAACACUGAUAAAGGAAAUCAUUUUUUUGCUGUUUAUUUAUUUUAUUAAUUCACAUUUCUGAUUUAGACUUGACUAUAUUUAAUAAUAUAUUUUAAAGCAAACAUGCUUAUCUUUGUAAUCUGGUGAUUAUACCCUUCACCAUUAACAGGCUUCAUUCAGUCAGAAAGCAAAAACCAUUAUUUAUUUAUUUAUUUUUGGUGACUCAAAUCCACUCUAAAUCCACUUUAAACAGCAUAAAAAGUGCAUAAAAUCUGAUUUCCCCCCAUCCUUUCUUUCCACGGUGAUUCUUAAAAUAAUAAUAAUGAUGCUUAUGAUGUUUUCUCUAUGGUAAACUAUAUAGAUAUAAUGCAUAAACUAGACUGUCUGAACAAACAUAAUGACAUGCAGACGGUCUUGAAGAGUGGAUUUGAGUGUUCAGUGUGAACAAAAGCAUUUAAGGAAGUGAACUGGUAAAUAACUGCAAACUAUAUUUGACAUUACACAAUAAAACACGAGCAGUCUGUACAGAUUAAACACACACACACACACACACUUAUGAUGCUGUCAGCAUUCAGUGUUACAAAUAGAUCCAGUGUCUCUAUUUAAAGACUAAAAGGCCUGAAGAACAAAGAUGAGAUGAGCACUUUUUCCUGAAAUUCUUCCACGCUGCAAAAACAACCAAAAAACUGGGUUAACAACGAGAGACUGAUGUGACGGAGACUAAAACAUGCUCCAAAUCAAGAGACUUCAGACUCAACCUGAUGAACGAAAGCAAGAACAAAUGAUUCGGUUUUACAGUAACUUAUAAUUUGGGUGAAUCUCAUAAAGAAAUGUCCACAUCAUAAAGAAAUAUAUACUGUAUGUCUACAAUGUUUCAUUUAGGCUACUGAAACAUUGGUGGUUUAAAUGGGUUUAAUUAUUAAUUGUUUAACAAUCUUGAUUGUGUUAAUUAUGUUUAAAAAUAUUUUUAAAAUACAUAUAAAAUAUAAUUUUAAUAAUUAUUAAUUAUAAUUAAUAAUUAUAAUUUUUAUAAUUUUAAAUAUAAUUUUAUAUUAUGCAUUUGUUGUUUUAUUUUUUUUUAUUGGGUGGUUUAAAUAUAUAUG